CUCUCUGGGUUUCGUCAGAGUUUAGGUUGGGCACAGACGCACGGUAUAGUGAGCACUGAAGUUGGUUCUUCUCUUGCCUCACCUUCUCACUCCAAUCAAACAUGCAGCAGGGUGGGGGUUCAGAAACGGAGGUCACAUGGGAGGACCAACAGAACAUCAACAAGUUUGGUAGAUUAAACAAUCGGCUUCACGAACUGGAAGAUGAGAUCAAGAUCGCUAAGGAAACAAACGAGAAUCUCGAGGAUUCGAGCAACGAGUUAAUCCUAACUGACGAGGAAGUGGUACGCUUCCAAAUAGGGGAGGUUUUCGCUCAUGUGCCCAGGGAAGAAGUUGAGGGCAGGAUAGAGCUGAUGAAAGAGGCAAAUGGCAAGAACUUGGAGAAGCUGGAACAAGAGAAGGACUCCAUAGUGGCUCAGAUGGCUGAGUUGAAGAAAAUUCUUUAUGGCAAGUUCAAGGAUUCAAUCAACCUGGAGGAGGAUUAGUGAAGAGUAAUUUGUUGUGGUUGCUUAUUAACUCUCAAUAGUACUAUUUUCCAUCUUCCAAUCGUACUGUUAUUGCAGUCGUUUUUUAGUUCAAGGCUAUGGAAUCAUCUUUUACUCUCCAGGAUAAUUGUAGCUUUUAUCUUUCAAAAUUGUUGAACAUGAACUGCAAGGGGUUGCUUACAAGUUCUGUAGUUUCUUCUGCUUU